AUGGUGGAUAAGAACAUAUACAUUGUACAGGGUGAAAUCAAUGCAGUCGUGGGAGCCAUAAAGCGUAACGCCCGAUGGAGCACUCACACACAUUUGGAUGAAGAACGGGAUCCCCUGCUGCAUAGCUUUAGCCUCUUAAAAGAAGUGCUGAAUAAUAUAACAGAGCUCUCCGAAAUAGAACCCAACGUCUUUCUUCGGCCUUUCCUGGAAGUAAUCCGUUCUGAAGACACUACAGGUCCCAUAACUGGAUUGGCCCUCACCUCUGUGAAUAAGUUCCUGUCAUAUGCACUAAUAGAUCCUGGCCAUGAGGGCACAGCAGAGGGGAUGGAGAACAUGGCAGAUGCUGUCACCCAUGCCCGAUUUGUGGGCACAGAUCAUGCGAGUGAUGAGGUUGUCUUGAUGAAAAUCCUACAGGUUUUGAGAACCUUGCUGCUCACUCCAGUGGGAGCCCACCUCACCAAUGAGUCUGUGUGUGAGAUCAUGCAGUCCUGUUUCCGCAUAUGCUUUGAAAUGAGACUCAGCGAGUUAUUGAGAAAAUCUGCAGAGCACACUCUGGUCGACAUGGUGCAGCUGCUCUUCACAAGGUUGCCUCAGUUUAAAGAAGAGCCUAAAAGCUACAUGGGAACGAACAUGAAGAAGUUGAAAAUGAGAGCUGGAGGAAUGAGUGAUUCCUCAAAAUGGAAAAAGCAGAAGAGAUCACCGAGGCCUCCUCGCCAUGUAACUAAGGCCUCUCCUGGGACAGAACAACCCGCUACCAAUGCUAGUAACACUGCAGCAAAUAUUUCAAGUGGAGUUACUUUCAUAGAUGCUCCUUCUCCCAGCUCUUCUGGGAGCUCAGAAAAUGUUUCGUCUGUGGUCAGCCCUGCUACAGACAGUGGUUUGGAGUUGUCCUCACAGACUACCUCCAAGGAAGACCUGACAGACUUGGACCAGGUCACUUCUCUGGGACUUAAUGCAGGAACACUUUCAAAUGAGGCCAAAGUUACUGAAAAUCAGAAUCAGCCUGAACUCCAGAAUGAAAGUCUGAGGGAGGAGAAGAUCCAAUCGGCUUCUGUCGAGUCUAUCCCUGAGGUCUUAGAGGAGUGCACCUCUGUAGCAGAACAUUCUGACUCUGCCUCAGUUCAUGACAUGGACUACGUAAAUCCCCGAGGUGUACGUUUUACUCAGUCUUCCCAAAAAGAAGGAGCAGCACUAGUCCCAUACGGGCUACCAUGUAUUAGAGAACUGUUCCGCUUCCUUAUCUCACUCACCAACCCUCAUGACCGCCACAACUCUGAGGUGAUGAUCCACAUGGGCUUGCAGCUGCUAACUGUUGCACUGGAGUCGGCAUCCAUUGCGAACUGCCAGUCCCUCUUGGGGCUUGUAAAGGAGGAGUUGUGCCGGCACCUAUUUCAAUUGUUGAGUGUUGAGCGGCUCAAUCUGUAUGCAGCCUCCCUCAGAGUGUGCUUUCUUCUCUUUGAGAGCAUGAGAGAGCAUCUGAAAUUCCAGCUGGAGAUGUAUGUCAAGAAGCUGAUGGAAAUAAUCACUGUGGAAAACCCGAAGAUGCCCUAUGAAAUGAAGGAAAUGGCUUUGGAAGCCAUUGUUCAGCUGUGGAGGAUUCCUAGUUUCGUGACCGAGCUGUACAUUAACUAUGACUGUGACUACUACUGCGCCAACCUCUUUGAGGAGCUCACCAAGCUGCUCUCCAAGAAUGCCUUCCCAGUUUCUGGACAGCUGUAUACUGUCCAUCUCCUGUCUCUGGAAGCACUGCUGACAGUGAUAGAUAGCACUGAGGCACAUUGCCAGGCCAAAGUGCUGAGUAACAUACAUCAACAAGAGAAGGAAGUUGUCAAAUCCAGCCCAGAAACCAUGAACAGCACCAAAGAAACAAGCAAUACUGAGAAGCAUAUCUCCAGGAAGCCUACUCGAUUUUCCUGUAUCCUUCCAAGCCCCCAGGAACUUAUGCAGAUUAAGAAAAAAAAGAAGCUCCUGAUAACUGGCACAGAGCAGUUCAAUCAAAAGCCAAAGAAAGGGAUACAGUUUCUGCAGGAGAAGAACCUUCUUGCCACUCCCAUCGACAACAAUGAGGUGGCCAGGUGGCUACGGGAAAAUCCUCGCCUGGACAAAAAGAUGAUUGGGGAAUUUGUGAGUGACCGUAAGAACAUAGACUUGCUGGAAAGCUUUGUUGGAACUUUCAGCUUCCAGGGCUUAAGGUUGGAUGAAGCUUUGAGACUUUAUCUAGAGGCCUUCAGAUUACCAGGAGAAGCACCUGUAAUCCAGAGACUGUUGGAAGCCUUCACAGAACACUGGAGGAAAUCAAACGGGUCCCCAUUUGCUAAUAGUGAUGCCUGCUUUGCCCUGGCCUAUGCAGUCAUUAUGCUGAACACUGAUCAGCACAACCAUAAUGUUCGCAAACAGAAUGUCCCAAUGACUCUGGAGGAAUUUCGGAAGAACCUGAAAGGUGUGAAUGGAGGCAAAGACUUUGAACAGGACAUAUUGGAAGACAUGUACCAUGCCAUCAAAAAUGAUGAGAUAGUGAUGCCAGAAGAACAGACAGGUCUGGUGAAGGAAAACUAUAUCUGGAAUGUCCUGCUACAUCGUGGUGCCACUGAUGAGGGAAUAUUUCUCCAUGUGCCUCCUGGAAGCUAUGACCAUGAUCUCUUCACUAUGACAUGGGGGCCAACAAUUGCAGCACUUUCUUAUGUUUUUGACAAGAGCUUAGAAGAAACAAUAAUCCAGAAGGCUAUCUCUGGUUUCAGGAAGUGUGCCAUGAUUUCUGCUCACUAUGGCCUUAGUGAUGUGUUUGACAAUCUCAUAAUUUCUCUCUGCAAGUUUACAGCCCUCAGCAGUGAGUCUAUUGAGAACUUGCCCACUGUUUUUGGAAGUAAUCCCAAGGCCCAUAUUGCAGCAAAGACUGUGUUUCACUUGGCCCAUCGCCAUGGGGACAUUCUGCGGGAGGGCUGGAAAAACAUCAUGGAGGCCAUGCUACAGCUUUUCCGAGCAGAGCUGCUGCCCAAGGCCAUGGUGGAGGUCGAAGACUUUGUGGAUCCUAACGGCAAAAUCUAUCUGCAACGUGAGGAGACGCCAUCUAACCGUGGUGAAUCUACAGUGCUGAGUUUUGUUAGUUGGCUUACCCUGAGUGGGACAGAGCAAUCUGGUAUGAGAGGGCCAUCUACAGAGACACAGGAGGCAAAGCGAGCAGCUCUGGAAUGCAUAAAGCAAUGUGAUCCUGAGAAGUUGAUCACAGAAAGCAAAUUCCUCCAACUUGAAUCUCUCCAGGAGCUCAUGAAGGCUCUAAUCUCUGUGACUCCUGAUGAAGAUACAUAUGAUGAAGAGGAUGCUGCCUUCUGCUUGGAGAUGCUUCUGAGGAUUGUGCUAGAGAACAGGGACCGCGUGACCUGUGUCUGGCAAACUGUCAGAGACCACCUCUAUCAUCUUUGUGUCCAUGCAGUGGAGUUCUGCUUCUUGGUGGAGAGGGCAGUGGUGGGGCUGUUGAGACUGGCAAUUCGGCUCCUUCGUCGGGAAGAAAUCAGUGUGCAGGUUCUCCUCUCAUUGCGUAUCCUGCUCAUGAUGAAGCCAAAUGUGCUGUCCAGAGUUAGUCACGAGGUUGCCUAUGGCCUUCAUGAACUCCUGAAGACCAAUGCUGCCAACAUUCACUCUGGGGAUGACUGGUACACGCUCUUCACCCUCCUGGAGUGUAUUGGGUCUGGGGUGAAGCCACCUGCAGCCCUGCAGGUUACAGCAAGGACAGAUAAUGACACAGGUGCUCAGUCAGACAGCGAGGUCUCGUCCUCCUAUCAUCCAAGUGACAUGAGCCUGGACCGUGGUUAUACUUCUGAUUCAGAGGUCUACACAGACCAUGGGAAGCCAGCCAAGAUGCAUCGCUCAGUGACAGAUGUGGAUGUCAUGAACAGUGGCUGGCUAGUGGUGGGUAAAGAUGACAUCGACACCUCCAGAUCUACUGCUGUGGUCAGCCGUCUGGGGCCAUCUCCUCUUGUCAACCAGUACAGCCUGACUGUGGGGCUGGAUUUGGGCCCACAUGACACAAAGUCUCUCAUGAAGUGUGUAGAGUCCCUGUCCUUCAUUGUACGAGAUGCUGCCCAUGUUACACCAGAAAACUUUGAGCUCUGUGUCAAAACCAUCCGCAUCUUUGUGGAGGCGAGCUUGAAUGGGGGCUACAAGUCCCAGGAGAAGAGGGGGAAGAGCCACAGGUAUGACAGUAAAUCUAGUCGGUUAAAAAAAAAGCCAAAAGAGAGCUCCACACGGCGACCACGGGUCUUGAGCCAGCACCAGGCGCACGCACACAGUGAUGAGGAUGAGGAUGAAACCAUCCCUGCCAGCUACCACACUGUGUCUUUACAGCUCCUGGACCUCAUGCACACUUUGCACACACGAGCCGCCACCAUCUACAGCUCCUGGGCAGAGGAGCAGCGCCACCUAGAGACAGCAGGCAGGAAAAUCGAAGCGGAUUCCCGAACACUGUGGUCCAACUGCUGGUGUCCCUUGCUACAGGGUAUUGCUUGGCUGUGUUGUGAUGCCCGACGGCAGGUACGGAUGCAGGCACUCACUUACUUGCAGCGAGCUCUCCUGGUACAUGACCUGCAGGCUCUGGAUGCCCUGGAAUGGGAGUCCUGCUUCAACAAGGUGCUGUUUCCUCUGCUAACCAAGCUACUUGAGAAUAUCAGUCCAGCUGAUGUUGGUGGAAUGGAAGAAACUAGGAUGAGAGCCUCAACACUACUCUCUAAGGUGUUCCUACAACAUCUCUCCCCGCUGCUGUCACUGACCACUUUUGCUGCCCUGUGGCUGACAAUCCUGGACUUUAUGGACAAAUACAUGCAUGCUGGCUCCAGUGACUUACUGCUGGAAGCCAUCCCAGAGUCUCUGAAGAAUAUGCUGCUUGUAAUGGAUACAGCUGGGAUAUUCCACAGUGCUGACUCCAGGACGGGAUAUUCGGAUCUCUGGGAGAUCACCUGGGAGCGGAUUGACUGUUUCUUACCCCGGCUGCGGGAUGAGCUCUUCAAACAGACAGUCAUCCAAGAGCCUGUCCCCAGCAUAGCAGUCGAGCAGCAGCAUCAGAAAUCAAUAGUGUCUGCCUUGCCCCCUUCUCCUGUGGUGGAUGUGAGACCAGCCACCCACCUGGUUCCUUUGGAGAAGUCCUGUGAAGUGGGUGCCAGUGAGUCCGAGAGACCUGCUGCACCUGUCUCACCCAUUAUCAGCACCUCUGCCCCUCCUUCUUUCCCAGCAUCAGCUCCAAUAAAGACAAGCCCUGUCACAGACAUACCUCCUACAGCAGCACAGCCACCACUCAUCCUGCAGCCUCUUGCCUCUCCACUGCAGGUUGGGGUGCCACCUAUGACUCUGCCAAUCAUUCUCAACCCAGCUCUAAUUGAAGCCACCUCUCCUGUUCCUCUCUUAGCUACUCAAAGGCCCACUGACCCCAUGACAACCUCUGAAGUCAAUUAGUUUGAGGGUGUCUGUCUGCUAAGGAAGUUCUGUGGGUGGAGGAUGCUGGCCAAAUGUUCUCUGGUAGCAGGCAUGUUUGGUUUAGAAGAUGA